AUGAGCGAAAUUGUUCAAAACAUUUAUAUACGAGAUACUGAGAUAAGAAACACACCAAAGCCUCACAUUGUUUAUCGCGUGGAGGUAAACACGUCUAGUAGAACGUGGUCAAUCUGGAAGCGUUAUAGUGAGUUCGAUGAGCUGAACGAUAAAUUUGUGAGAUUGUUCCCAAAUAAUCCUCCGCCAAAUGAAAUGCCGGCAAAACACUAUUUUCAAUCUACGCUGGGGAACCCGGUGUUGAUUGAGGAGAGGCGCCGGGGAUUGGAAGAUUUUUUGAGGGGAAUUCUAUUUCACAAGGAUGAUCGUUGGAGGGAAACCGACGAAUGGAAGGAGUUUUUGGCCAUACCAACAGGAAGGCCGCUUGAUGCGACGACCAUGUACACCUCUGAGAGUUGGCUUGACGAGUACAAUCAAGUACAGUCGAUGACCAAAGAGAUUAGGUCACUCCUCAAUCGUCGUGAAACUCACAUUAUCAGUAACGAGGUUCAGGCCUCACACAAUUGCGGAGUGCAAGCUAAAAAAAGUUUGGCAGCUCUCGGUGUACGGGUGACGCAACUUGAGGGUGGUUUGACGGGUUUGGCAAAAGGGAUGGGAAGGGACGGGAAGAUAAUGUCCGAGGGAGAAUUGAGAAGGCGACAAGACCUCUUGAAUGAUCUCAAAGAUGAAAAGGACACAUUGAACAAACUUGUGAUGGCCAAUCGACCUGACAUCAGCAAGUCCACAACUCCCGCCAGUUCUGUUGAUCGUGCGGCCUUAUUUCGCCAGCCAGUUCCCCGGCAUCGCUCGUCACCUCAACUCUCCGGUCGACUUGGGAACAAUGUCAAUGUCUUGGAGAGGCCACCUUCGCGACGAGUCUUUGGUAAUGCCCGUGCGAUGCCGGAGGAAACCGAGGUGACACGAGGUUUAGAUAAUGAGGGACUGGUGAAUUUGCAAAGGCAAACCAUGGAAGAUCAAGAGCAUCACGUCGAACAAUUUAGUGCCAUAUUGAGUAGGCAUAAGCAAAUUGGAUUAGCAAUCGGUCAAGAAUUGGACAUUCAAAAUCAAAUGUUGUCAGAGUUGAAUGUGGAUCAGACAGCAACUUAUGCCAACAACGGUCACUGUCGAAACGGUCAAUACUGCGACUAUUCGCACAUACAUGGGCAAGGUCUCGAUGGGGAAGAAUCCUCUUCAACUCGCAAAACAAAUUCUCCUCGAAGAUCAGACUUUAACUCUUCCCCAAAAGCACAGAGUUCGAACGCAAGUUCAACGAACCAGUUCGCUUCUCCUCAUCGAGCCUCAAAUUCUCACUACAAGCAACAUGAAAAUAUAACUAUCUGCAAAUACUUUCUUAGAAAUAGUUGCAUUUAUGGGGAUUCCUGCUGGAAUAGACACGAGCGACCCGAGGCAACUGUCGAAAAUUCACCAUAUGUCGUACCUUCUCCGACCUUUGCAAAAUCCGGACCGGCAAAGGAUCAAAUCAUUUCAUCUUACCGGGAACGACUUGCACAAAUCCCUUGUAAAUAUUUUAAGGAAACUAGGAGAUGUCCAUUCGCGGACGCCUGUCAUUACGAACACGCCAAUCCCGAUGGAACAAGGUGUAUCUUGGGCCCACCCCGCAAGAAAAAAACAAGAUCAGUGUGUCCCAUAGAAAAUUUUCGCUAUUUGGAAGUAUCUGGAGAAAGUAGUGUGAUUGAUAUUUCAGCAAUCUCCGAGAUUCUUGGAGGACUUUCUAGGGAUCAUGGCUUCCGCAAUAUUUUUGCUAGAGAUUGGGGUGAUAACUGGGAUGACAAAAUAGAUUUUGCCGAGAAUCCUUCGUGGGAUGACGAUUUUCCUUUCGAAGAUCAAAUAGGUUCGUUCUCCUCAGACAAUCAAGAGGAUAUUACGGAAAAUAGUAACAAUACUGGUUGGGGAAAUUCCGAAUGGGGAGAGAAUUCGGGCGAAUGGUGGACUGGUUGGGAUUGA